AUGCGGCCGCCCUACGCAUAUGCACCAUCGUUACCUUCUUCAACUUCCAUAAUUGGCCUAACGUCUAGCACUCUAGAGGACGGUACGACGUCGACAACACAUGAUUCACUUCUUUGCCUUGUUGACGCAGACAUCAGACAGGACCGCGAGCGUGGAAUCGAAGAGUAUCGAGGUGUCGCCCUCGAUUACUUUAUGCUCCAGUGCGAUAAUUACCGCCGAAGUCCCGACUGA